AGGAGGCGAGGGGCCGCGGCGAAAUGGGCUCUGGGUAGAAUAACUGAGGCACUCGAAGGUCGAACGUGGGAGGAAAAAUCUGUCCUGGAGAUUCCGGAAGAGCCCUUUGCGUUUACUUUUCUUCCCUUUUCUCCCCUUUCUUGCUCGUACUUGGAGGAAAGGGGGAGGGUUCUGUUUUUAUUUGUGGAAAAAGAAGCUGAAAUUCUCCCGUCCAGCGUCGGUCUUCAGAGGUUGGAGGAAAUAAAUAGCAGUCGUGGCGUUGGAGCAUCAGUGAAAGCCUCUAGUGAAUGGCACUAAAAACCAAACCGCCCAACAGUAACUGAAAAAAAAAAAAAAGAAAAGAAAAGAAAAUCCAAACCUAGGAAUGAAAUAGAAUGACACAGAACAUGCCCUGACGUUAACCCCAGCUUCCUCCUACAGAAACGGCAGAAAGCCUCUGUGUUUCGUCAGCUGGAUCCUCGACGUCUACCCACACUCGUCAUUUAGGGAUCUUUCCGUGCCAGUGUUCUCUUUCCCGACGCCCCUCCCCUCCAAGGUGGCAUUUUUAAUGUGCAGACUACAUAAUUAUCCUUAUUCAGAAUAAAGAGUCACUUAGCAAUUACAUGGUGACUCCCCAAGUCUUCCUAUUUUAAAGGUAUUUAGGAGACAGAGUCCUGAAGCAAAGAAAUCUGGAUCACAGAGAAGUAUUCAGGGGUCAUGCAAGCCAGCUGUAGCCAACUGCACAGCCCUUCAGGAGCUGCAGGCAGUGAGGAUGCCUCAGCCUCCCAGUGUGUCCCAACAAGAUUGACAGGAGAAGCUUCCUGUCUUUAUUCUGGAGAUGUUCAUAUUCAGAUAAACUCCAUGCCUAAAGAAUGUGCUGAAAAUCCAAGCUCCAGAAAUAUAAGGUCAGGUGUCCACAGCUGUACCCAUGGAUGUGUACACAGUCGCUUACGGAGUCACUCCCACAAUGAAGCAAGGCAACCUGAUGAUACCGAGACGGAGUCUGGAGAUCAUGGUAGUAGCUCCUUCUCAGAAUUCCGAUAUCUCUUCAAGUGGCUGCAUAAAGGUCUUCCAUAUAUUUUGAUUCUGGGUGUCAAACUUGUUAUGCAGCAUAUAACAGGAAUUUCUCUUGGAAUUGGGCUGCUUACAACUUUUAUAUAUGCAAACAAAAGCAUUGUAAAUCAGGUUUUUCUAAGAGAAAGGUGCUCAAAGAUUCAGUGUGCUUGGUUACUGGUAUUCUUAGCAGGAUCUUCUGUUCUUUUAUAUUACACCUUUCAUUCUCAGUCACUUUAUUACAGCUUAAUUUUUUUAAAUCCUACUUUGGACUAUUCGAGCUUCUGGGACAUACUUUGGAUUGUUGGAAUUACAGACUUCAUUCUGAAAUUCCUCUUCAUGGGCUUAAAAUGCCUUAUUUUAUUGGUGCCUUCUUUCGUCAUGCCUUUUAAAUCCAAGGGUUAUUGGUAUAUGGUUUUAGAAGAAUUAUGUCAGUAUUACCGAACUUUUGUCCCCGUACCAGUUUGGUUCCGUUACCUUAUAAGCUAUGGGGAGUUUGGUCAUGUAACUAGAUGGAGUCUUGGGAUAUUGCUGGCUUUACUGUACCUCAUACUAAAACUUCUGGACUUUUUUGGACAUCUGAGAACUUUCAGACGGGUCUUGCGAAUAUUUUUUACACGACCAAGUUACGGAGUGGCUGCCAGCAAGAGACAGUGUUCAGAUGUGGAUGAUAUUUGUUCAAUAUGUCAAGCUGAAUUUCAAAAGCCAAUUCUUCUCACCUGUCAGCAUAUAUUUUGUGAAGAGUGCAUUACCUUAUGGUUUAACAGAGAGAAAACAUGUCCGCUGUGCAGAACUGUGAUUUCAGACCAUAUAAACAAAUGGCAAGAUGGAGCCACUUCAUCACAUCUUCAAAUAUAUUAAGUUCUAAACUUAAUAUUAAGGCCACAAAACACUAAUUUUAUUUGGUUACAGUGACUAUUGGUAAAGACAUUAGAAUGGAUUUUCAGGGCUGGAAGUUAAGGAAAAUGUUUCCAAAUGGUUUUAGAAUAUUAUAAUAAGUGUGUAGUCCAGCUUAUCAAAAGAUUAAAUGAAAGAACCCUGUAUUUAAAAAAUAUAUAUAUAAGUAAUGUUCAACAUAAUGCAUAUGCAACAUUUAUUCUAUCCUAAUUAUUUGACAGAUGAUUGCAGUGUUAAAUUGUAAAUGUGUUUUCUUGUUAAUGUUACCAAAAUGACAACUGGAUAACUAGAACUAGUGGUUUUAGAGGAAUUCAGAUUCUUUCCUGACACUGUUUUUGUAAUAAAGAAUAUUUUUCAUAAUAUUUUAAGAUACACAUUAUCUGAAAGUAGAAUUUUCUUUAACAUUGAUUGACUUUUAUAAUUCCCAUUCUAAAAAUUCUAAAAUUUCUCAUAAAAUUUGUAUUUUAAAUGAAAGCUCUGAAUGCUAUAUUUUACCUGUACAAUCAGAUUUUUCUAAGGAAGAUUAAUUUACUGAGGAUGAAGUAUUUUAAUACUGUAUUAUUCUCUGUAGUGUGGUUAGCUGUGACUAGCAGUCAUUGAGAACAGAUGAUUUAAAUUCCUUUUCUUUGUGGACUUCAUACAUACAAUCCUGCCAUCAGCUUUAAUGUUCAUGAUCUUGCUUUUUGGAAAGUGCCAUGGACUUUCUUGAAUUAUUAAAAUAAUUCACAUGGAUUACAAA